AUGGGGGUGACUGAGGGCCCAAUCCGCAUGAGUGACGCCGCGGGCCCCAUGUCACAAGUGAAUUUCGCGAGUAAGGCUGGCUCUGCGAAAAAGGUGAAGGAUAGGCACGAGCGACAGCAGAAUAUUCGCCGUCUCUUCACUGCGACCGGCCGCAUGAGCUUCUACGUCAAGACUGCACAACCGCAUUUCGGCAUGGACUUAAUUUCAGCGGAUGAGGUAGACAAGCUGUGCGAGAAGCUGUUGUGGGAGGUUCACGAGACCAACUGGCAUUGUGAGCUGCAUGUGUUGGAUGCUCGUCUAUUGGACAUGAGCAAGUGGAGCUCCAUGCACUGCUGGGAAUGCGAGGCACAACUCGCGAAAGUGUGGGACAAGCAGGACUCCGGCUCAGGUCUAACGGUCGCACCAUGUUAG